AUGGCACAACUCAAAUUCCCGACGCUCAUGAUCGUCGCCUCAACCUCCUUCUUCCUCGGCCUCCUCUUCUCCCUCUUCCCCUACGACUACCCCCUCCUCUGGUCCGCCGCCCCGAUCCCGCCCUCCCACCUCGACGCCGUCGAAUCCAAUCUCAAGCUCCUCUACCACUGCCCCAAGAUCUGCUUCCAGAUCUUCCACGGCAUGAUCCUCAGUAAUAUGCUGUUCGAUGGGGGGAGUCUGGUGUUGUUCAUGGUCGCGCUGAUCGUGUAUAUUUCGAAUAUUGCGAAAGGGCUAAGGAUCGUGGAUACAGGGGUUUAUGGUGUCGGUGUGGUAGAGACGCCGGAGGGCUAUGUUCCGGAGGGCUCUGGGAAGAAGGGGGUUGCGUGGGGUGGGGAGGGGGAAGGGGAUAACAAUGUUGUUGGGCGGGAGGAUAAUCUUAAGGUUCUCAGCGCGAGUAACACUAUUCUGGCGCUCGUGCUUGUUGGUGUGUUGGUGCUGCAGGUCGGCCAGUGGUAUGCGGAACGGCAGGAUGAGAAGACGGCGAAGGAGUACGCGGCGAAAGAGAAGGCGGAGAGGGCUGGAGAUGAGGCUGAGCCGCCAACGCCGACCACUGGGAAGAAGACGAAGCCGCCGCCGUUUGGGCUUGCGGCGCCUCAGGGUAGUAAGAAGAAGAACUGA